UCCCUCGAGCCCCAGAGAUGGAGGUAGGGGACUGUCUGGUGUCAGACAACACGGUGUCCGUAGCCUGGAAGAUGCCAGUGGAGGACAGCAAGAUAGACCACUACAUACUGGAGUACAGAAAGACCGACCACGAAGGACUGCCACGCAUCAAAGACGAACACUGCUGGGAGGUGGUGGAUAACAUCAAGACCACAGAAUACUCACUGUCAGGUACGAAGCUAGAGUAGGUCCCAGAUCUUGCCAACUCCUAUGGCCAUUGUCAUGCCACUUGGCAAGAUGGCACAAACAGAUCUGGGACCAGGCUAACACUGCAGUGUUUUCAUGCAACUUCUUGAGUUUAAAAUAUGACUCACCUAUAUAGCUUUGCUUCACCUAAACGUUUGUGACUUUAUCAAACUCUGAAAGCUUGUUUACCGACAGAACAUAAUUAACCUGUGCAGAUAAUGUGCUGUUCAUCCUCCAGGUUUAAAGUUUGACUCCAAGUUCAUGAACUUCCGGGUACGAGCUUGCAACAAGGCAGCAGCUGGAGAAUACUCUGAUCCAGUUACUCUGGAAACCAGAGGUAAGACUGUUAGUUACCCUGGAAACCAGAGGUAACACUGUUAGUUACCCUGGAAACCUGAGGUAAGACUGUUGCCCUAUGUUGUCUUGGAUCAACAAUGAUGUAAUUAUUACGUUAUUGGUAUAUGAUUGACUGAUUGACUCACUGACUGACUGGUUGGUUGGUUGAUUGAUUGAUUUAUUGAUUGAUUCCCUCCCCAGCGUUCAACUUCGGCUUUGACUCGUCGUCGGCCCAUCUGAACCUGAAGGUAGAGGACGGGAGUGUGGAGUGGGACCCCCAGGGGGGCAAGGGGCUGGAGAACAAGGUCAAGGGCAAGGAGAACAAGGGCAGGUGAGAACUGAAUUGACACAAUGUGUCCCAAAUGGACCCGUACACCCUACGCCCUAUGCACUGAGAUAUGAGAGGAUUUGAUUGGUAUAAGCAGUAUGGUGAAACUUCCACUGAGCCUAUCAGAAGGAAAGGUGGAGCUAUUACCAUAUUGACUACACCUGUCCAAUCCUCUCAGAUCUCCACUUAGGGUCUAGGGGUUAGGGGUUAGGGUCUAGGGGUUAGGGUCUAGGGGUUAGGGUCUAGGGGUUAGGGUCUAGGGGUUAGGGGUUAGGGGUUAGGUCUAGGGGUUAGGGUCUAGGGGUUAGGGUCUAGGGUCUAGGGGUUAGGGUCUAGGGGUUAGGGUCUAGGGUUAGGGUCUAGGGGUUAGGGGUUAGGGUCUAGGGGUUAGGGGCUAGGGGUUAGGGUCUAGGGGUUAGGGUUAGGGGUUAGGGGUUAGGAGUCUAGUAGGGGUUAGGGUCUAGGGGUCUAGGGGGUUAGGGGUUAGGGUCUAGGGUUAGGGGUUAGGGGUUAGGGGUUAGGGUCUAGGGGUUAGGGUCUAGGGGUCUAGGGGUUAGGGUCUAGGGUUAGGGUCUAGGGGGUUAGGGUCUAGGGUAGGGGUUAGGGGUUAGGGUCUAGGGGUUAGGGUUAGGGUAGGGUGUAGGGGUUAGGGUCUAGGGGUCUAGGGGUUAGGGUUAGGGUGUAGGUCUAGGGGUUAGGGUUAGGGUCUAGGGGUUAGGGUCUAGGGUCUAGGGGUUAGGGGUUAGGGUCUAGGGGUUAGGGGCUAGGGGUCUAGGGGUUAGGGGUUAGGGUCUAGGGGUUAGGGUCUAGGGGUUAGGGUUAGGGUCUAGGGUUAGGGUCUAGGGUUAGGGGUUAGGGUCUAGGGGUUAGGGGUUAGGGUCUAGGGGUUAGGGUCUAGGGGUUAGGGUCUAGGGGUUAGGGUCUAGGGGUUAGGGGUUAGGGUCUAGGGGUUAGGGUCUAGGGUGUAGGGGUUAGGGGUUAGGGUCUAGGGGUUAGGGGUUAGGGUCUAGGGGUUAGGGUCUAGGGGUCCAUUUGGGAUUGGGCCUUAUCCUAAUUUUACGUCGAACUGCCAUUGAUAUAGCCUGGUCCCAGAUCGGUUUGUGCUGUCUUGCCAACUCCUAUGAUCAUUACCUAGCCUGGUCCGAGAUCGGUUUGUGCUGUCUUGCCAACUCCUAUGGUCAUCGACACAUUAGCGUGACAAAUAAGACCAGAGGACUUGGCAAGACAGCAAAAAAAACGAUCUGGGACCAGGCUACCAUUGAACUGCCUUUUUUAGAUUUCACAUUCUUCUGUCUUUGGGUCAUGGUGGCUUGUGUAGUCGAUCUCCUAUUGAGGGGCAGUUUGAAAGAGACCUUUUGUCAGCUGCAACCGGACACUUUAGAGGCUCAUGUUUUAUUGAAAGGCUUCCUCUCCUAUCUUGGGUAUCCACUUUCAGCGUUGUCUGUCAAACGCUGUCUGCCAAGUUGAAGCAUCAUUUCUUCAAGAGAUAAAGCCAUUUUAUACUUUGUAAAGCUCCAGCAUUGAUACUCUCAGAAAAUGGUAUUGAAAACCAACUGCAGGCUGAGGCUCCCUCUUAAAGAGAUAGUUCAUAGUAGUAGUCUAUGAAGAGAUAGUUCAUAGUAGUAGUCUAUGAAGAGAUAGUAGUCUAAAGAGAUAGCUCAUAGUAGUAGUCUAUGAAGAGAUAGUAGUCUAAAGAUAGUUCAUAGUAGUAGUCUAUGAAGAGAUAGUUCAUAGUAGUAGUCUAUGAAGAGAUAGUUCAUAGUAGUAGUCUAUGAAGAGAUAGUAGUCUAAAGAGAUAGCUCAUAGUAGUAGUCUAUGAAGAGAUAGUAGUCUAAAGAGAUAGCUCAUAGUAGUAGUCUAUGAAGAGAUAGUAGUCUAAAGAGAUAGCUCAUAGUAGUAGUCUAUGAAGAGAUAGUAGUCUAAAGAGAUAGCUCAUAGUAGUAGUCUAUGAAGAGAUAGUAGUCUAAAGAGAUAGCUCAUAGUAGUAGUCUAUGAAGAGAUAGUAGUCUAAAGAGAUAGCUCAUAGUAGUAGUCUAUGAAGAGAGCUCAUAGUAGUAGUCUAUGAAGAGAUAGUAGUCUAAAGAGAUAGCUCAUAGUAGUAGUCUAUGAAGAGAUAGUAGUCUAAAGAGAUAGCUCAUAGUAGUAGUCUAUGAAGAGAUAGUAGUCUAAGAGAUAGCUCAUAGUAGUAGUCUAUGAUGAGAGCUCAUAGUAGUAGUCUAUGAAGAGAUAGUAGUCUAAAGAGAUAGCUCAUAGUAGUAGUCUAUGAAGAGAUAGUAGUCUAAAGAUAGUUCAUAGUAGUAGUCUAUGAAGAGAUAGUUCAUAGUAGUAGUCUAUGAAGAGAUAGUAGUCUAAAGAGAUAGCUCAUAGUAGUAGUCUAUGAAGAGAUAGUAGUCUAAAGAGAUAGCUCAUAGUAGUAGUCUAUGAUGAGAGCUCAUAGUAGUAGUCUAUGAAGAGAUAGUAGUCUAAAGAGAUAGCUCAUAGUAGUAGUCUAUGAAGAGAUAGUGUAGUCUACUAAAGAUAGUUCAAUAGUAGUAGUCUAUGAAGAGAUAGUAGUAAGUAGUUCAUAGUAGUAGUCUAUGAAUAGAGAAGGUAGUAGUAGUCUAUGGGGGAGAGAUAGUUCAUAGUAGUAGUCUAUGAAGAGAUAGUAGUCUAAAGAGAUAGCUCAUAGUAGUAGUCUAUGAAGAGAUAGUAGUCUAAAGAGAUAGCUCAUAGUAGUAGUCUAUGAAGAGAUAGUAGUCUAAAGAGAUAGCUCAUAGUAGUAGUCUAUGAAGAGAUAGUAGUCUAAAGAGAUAGCUCAUAGUAGUAGUCUAUGAAGAGAUAGUAGUCUAAAGAGAUAGUAUAGUCUAAGAGAGUAGUCUAAAGAGAUAGUAUAGAGUCUAUGAAGAGAUAGUAGUCUAAAGAGAUAGCUCAUAGUAGUAGUCUAUGAAGAGAUAGUAGUCUAAAGAGAUAGCUCAUAGUAGUAGUCUAUGAAGAGAUAGUAGUCUAAAGAGAUAGUCAUAGUAGUAGUCUAUGAAGAGAUAGUAGUCUAAAGAGAUAGUAUAAGUAGUAGUCUAUGAAGAGAUAGUAGUCUAAAGAGAUAGCUCAUAGUAGUAGUCUAUGAGAGAUAGUAGUUAAAGAGUAGUCUAUAGUAGUAGUCUAGAGAGAGUAUUAAGAUAGUCAUAGUAGUGUCUAUGAAGAGAUAGUAGUCUAAAGAGAUAGCUCAUAGUAGUAGUCUAUGAAGAGAUAGUAGUCUAAAGAGAUAGUUCAUAGUAGUAGUCUAUGAAGAGAUAGUAGUCUAAAGAGAUAGUGUCAUAGUAGUAGUCUAUGAAGAGAUAGUAGUCUAAAGAGAUAGCUCAUAGUAGUAGUCUAUGAAGAGAUAGUAGUCUAAAGAGAUAGCUCAUAGUAGUAGUCUAUGAAGAGAUAGUAGUCUAAAGAGAUAGCUCAUAGUAGUAGUCUAUGAAGAGAUAGUAGUCUAAAGAGAUAGCUCAUAGUAGUAGUCUAUGAAGAGAUAGUAGUCUAAAGAGAUAGCUCAUAGUAGUAGUCUAUGAAGAGAUAGUAGUCUAAAGAGAUAGCUCAUAGUAGUAGUCUAUGAAGAGAUAGUAGUCUAAAGAGAUAGUUCAUAGUAGUAGUCUAUGAAGAGAUAGUAGUCUAAAGAGAUAGUUCAUAGUAGUAGUCUAUGAAGAGAUAGUAGUCUAAAGAGAUAGCUCAUAGUAGUAGUCUAUGAAGAGAUAGUAGUCUAAAGAGAUAGCUCAUAGUAGUAGUCUAUGAAGAGAUAGUAGUCUAAAGAGAUAGCUCAUAGUAGUAGUCUAUGAUGAGAUAGUAGUCUAAAGAGAUAGUUCAUAGUAGUAGUCUAUGAAGAGAUAGUAGUCUAAAGAGAUAGCUCAUAGUAGUAGUCUAUGAAGAGAUAGUAGUCUAAGAGAUAGCUCAUAGUAGUAGUCUAUGAAGAGAUAGUAGUCUAAAGAGAUAGCUCAUAGUAGUAGUCUAUGAAGAGAUAGUAGUCUAAAGAGAUAGCUCAUAGUAGUAGUCUAUGAAGAGAUAGUAGUCUAAAGAGAUAGCUCAUAGUAGUAGUCUAUGAAGAGAUAGUAGUCUAAAGAGAUAGCUCAUAGUAGUAGUCUAUGAAGAGAUAGUAGUCUAAAGAGAUAGUUCAUAGUAGUAGUCUAUGAAGAGAUAGUAGUCUAAAGAGAUAGCUCAUAGUAGUAGUCUAUGAAGAGAUAGUAGUCUAAAGAGAUAGUCAUAGUAGUAGUCUAUGAAGAGAUAGUAGUCUAAAGAGAUAGCUCAUAGUAGUAGUCUAUGAAGAGAUAGUAGUCUAAAGAGAUAGCUCAUAGUAGUAGUCUAUGAAGAGAUAGUAGUCUAAAGAGAUAGCUCAUAGUAGUAGUCUAUGAUGAGAUAGUAGUCUAAAGAGAUAGCUCAUAGUCUCUGGACGUGGAAAGACGUCUACUCCAGUAGCUACAGUGGAGGAUUUGCGUUAUUUAGUGCCUAAUGGAAUGGAAUCUCUUUUAGCGUCCUUUAAAAUAGCGAACUCCACCAUGACUCCAAUGUAAUACCUUUAUUUUAACCAUUUUUUGCUUUUAUUGUUUCUUUGUGUUCGUCAACAGUGCUCAUCUUACCAAUCUGAAGAACAUGUCAAGGUGACCAUGUGUGACUUUUAGCUGUAGGAUGUAGCAUUAGGCUACCUGAAUGUAGCGUUAGGCUACCUGGUAACACAUUAUUAUUAGUUAGAGACCGCCUGUGUUCGAGGUCGUACGCUCCAACAAUCGCUUUCAUAUGGGCUGCUCUACUCAUCAGGUCCCUUUCCGGUUUUUGUGUGAACAGUUUAGGCUACAUACCUUUUUUUUUUUGCAACGUUGUUCUGUGAGAAACCUCCUGAAAUGACUUGAUAUUGAUGUGGUUUCUGUGUGUGACUGACUCAAGGAAACAUCUACAGAUGGAAAACGUUUUAUAAACUCUUGAUUUAGGCCAAAUUAAUGAAUUGGGGGGGAAUUCGAUUUUGGUUGCCGGCCACCCACAAACAAAGACAAUAAUUGAAUCUUAUUCUGUCGUGAACCAUUGAAAGACUCUCCAUCUGUAGAUGACAUCUGUACUAACUGUUUCUCUUUCUAAAAACUCUAUAUUUUCCCUUUGUCCUUUUAAAUAAAUAUAAUUAACCUCUAUUCCUAGGCAACACAUCUGUUACAGAAUUAAUGUACAGUUAGUAGCACAGUAUUUAUUUUAUUUUUCACUCAUUUCUCUUAUGCUUGCAACAAAUGGUUUUGGUGAGUAACAAUUCACUCUACUGUAGUAAGUAUAUAAACUGUAAUAUCCAUAUUUGUCCAGUCAUUCAUUCCAUAUCAUGUUCCCAAAAAUCACAACGAAGUCCAUGUACUUUUUGGCUAAUUGUUUUCAGAGUUAAAAUGGACAAAUCAGCAACGUGAAAACAGCUAGUGUUUGUUGUGUUUUCUCAAAAAAAAAAAAAAAAAACUUUUUUUGCAUUUAUUUACUUGAUAUUUCGGUUUUCACAUGUGGGUGUGGUUAAAUGUGUAAUGCCUGUCAUUGGGCAAAUGCACUCCUGCAGUACACUCCUUUCCCCGCCUCCUGCCUGCCACGGACUCACUCACACACCUAAAAUGUAAUAAUAAUAAUAAUAAUAAUAAUAAUAAUAAUAAUAAGCCAUUUAGCAGACGAUUUUAUCCAAAGUGACUUACAGUCAUGCGUGCAUACAUUUUUGUGUAUGGGUGGUCCCGGGGAUCGAACCCACUACCUUGGCGUUACAAGCGCUGUGCUCUUAGAAGGUUGAACUCCUAUUUCGAAGGGACAGAAAGUGUUGGCUGUUGCAUUUGACCAAUGACAUGCAUUCCACAUUUAACCCACUUGUGAAAAUCAUAAUAUGAAGUUUUCAUAUAUUUCUUAAAAAGGAGAUAAAAACUAAGAAAUAAUUUUAGCGUUUUUUUUUUUUUUUAAUAAAAAAAUAAAAAAAAAAAUAAAACGGGCCGUUUUCAUGUUGCUGAUUUUGCCCUUUUUACUUGGAAAACAAUUGGCCCAAAAGUACACAGACCCAACGAUCACAACAAUGAUCACAAUGCUCUCUCAGACAAAAACAAGGAACAGGAGGACAAUCUAAGAGAGCUUUCUGGCCACCCUGACCCUACUAACUACGUCCGACUUCUACCAGCUCCAUCAGGAAAACUUCCCCGCUGUAUGAUGUCACUAAUCAAAUUACCUUAUCCCACUUCCGGUAUUUGAAAGAGGGCCUUGUCUUGUCAGACUCCCCUGGGAUUUUCUCGUUUGGGCAAUAGUCCGUCCUCCGACCUCUCUCCUCCGUCCUCUCUCCUCCGUGACCCGGAAACCGAUAAGAGGACUGUGUCAAUUCGUUAGUAGGCGAACGGAAGACGGUCCUCCCCUCCUCGAUAGCCUCGUUUUGGCAAAGAAGUGUAUCCUACCAGGAAGAGUUUUGAUGUCUGCCACACCCCCUUUGAAUCAGCUUUUGUUUUGUCAAAGGAGAAAAACAUGCACCUGUUUAAAAACAACAUGCUACUUAUCACUUCCUGUCAGCCUAUUGGCCAAGCCCUUGUCACUCCCUGUCUGCCUAUUGGCCCUUAUCACUCCCUGUCUGCCUAUUGGCCCUAAUCACUCCCUGUCUGCCUAUUGGCCCUUGUCACUCCCUGUCUGCCUAUUGGCCCUUGUCACUCCCUGUCAGCCUAUUGGCCCUUGUCACUCCCUGUCAGCCUAUUGGCCCUUGUCACUCCCUGUCAGCCUAUUGGCCCUUAUCACUCCCUGUCAGCCUAUUGGCCCUUAUCACUCCCUGUCUGCCUAUUGGCCCUUAUCACUCCCUGUCUGCCUAUUGGCCAAGCCCUUGUCACUCCCUGUCUGCCUAUUGGCUGAGCCCAUCAGUCAUGUUCCUGUUGUUGUCCCCAGUCCCCUGAUCAGCUGUACAGCAGAUGGGCCAUGCAUGCAUCCACAGCUGACACCCUCCAAGUGCUGCCUGAAUACCCUAGAGAUCCUAGGAAUCCCUGUGGACAACCAGCCAGAAUAGAAUGGAAUGGAAGAAAAGCAAUUUGGUUGCAGCAAAGUUACACACUGCCAGGCCCCUAGAUCCGCCAGGCCCCUAGAUCAGCCAGGCUUCUAUAGAUCAGCCAGGCUUCUAUAGAUCAGCCAGGUUUCUAUAGAUCAGCCAGGCUUCUAUAGAUCAGCCAGGCUUCUAUAGAUCAGCCAGGCUUCUAUAGAUCAGCCAGGCUUCUAUAGAUCAGCCAGGCCCCUAGAUCAGCCAGGCUUCUAUAGAUCAGCCAGGCUUCUAUAGAUCAGCCAGGCUCCUAUAGAUCAGCCAGGCUCCUAUAGAUCAGCCAGGCUUCUAUAGAUCAGCCAGGUUUCUAUAGAUCAGCCAGGCUUCUAUAGAUCAGCCAGGCUCCUAUAGAUCAGCCAGGCUCCUAUAGAUCAGCCAGGCUCCUAUAGAUCAGCCAGGCUCCUAUAGAUCAGCCAGGCCCCUAUAGAUCAGCCAGGCCCCUAUAGAUCAGCCAGGCUCCUAUAGAUCAGCCAGGUUUCUAUAGAUCUGCCAGGCUUCUAUAGAUCAGCCAGGUUUCUAUAGGUCAGCCAGGCUUCUAUAGGUCAGCCAGGCUUCUAUAGAUCAGCCAGGCUUCUAUAGAUCAGCCAGGCUCCUAUAGAUCAGCCAGGCUCCUAUAGGUCAGCCAGGCUUCUAUAGAUCAGCCAGGCCUCUAUAGGUCAUCCAGGCUCCUAUAGAUCAUCCAGGCUCCUAUAGGUCAGCCAGGCCCCUGUGGAAGUAUCCUUCCAUCCCUCAAUUUCAACCUUAAAUAGUCCCUUACGUUGAGAUCACAUCAAGCACAAUAACUCAUUUUCAUUGUCUGCUUGUGUCUAACAUCACUAAGCUUGAGUUUGUUUGAAGAGUGUUCAAAUACCCGCUUCAUCCGUAUCGUACUAUGUCAAUCAGGCAAAGGAUCUUGUUUAUCUUUCUAGUUUACCAACUGUGGAGAACCGCCAUCUUCCGUCAGCUAGAUUGGUGCUUAUAGAGCCGAAUAUCUUGCUGACUGUAGAGGGGCUUCUCCUUGUUCCCUCUGCUCUGUGGCCUUGUCUGUUGUAAUCACGGGAGGUUGGUGGCACCUCAGUUGGGGAGGACGGGCUCGUAGUAAUGGCUGGAGCGGAAUCAGUGGAAUGGUAUCGAGUACAUCAAACACACGGUUUCCAUGGUGCCAUUCCAUUCUCUCUGUUCCAGACAUUAUUACGAGCUGUCCUCCUAUCAGGAGUCUGAUGUCAGUGUGUUUCCUUCCUCUAGAAGUGGAACUCCGUCUCCCAAGAGAACGUCAACGACGCGGUCACCUGCCAUCAGAGGAGGCAGAGACCGGUUCACUGGAGAGUCCUACACCGUGCUAGGUAGGUAAACACAACGUUAACACAUCCACUGUGCUAGGUAAACACAACGUUAACACAUCACUGUGCUUGGUAAACACUACCAACCUUACAUGUAUUUCAUGUACCAUGUAUUCCCAUAUUGGGCAAACCGUCAACUGAAACUGAUCCAUUUCUAUGACUGGGUGAACACAACCAACCAACCCAUAAUGGAUGUCAGGUUGCUAGGCCAAUGGAUGUCAGGUUGCUAGGCCAAUGGAUGUCAGGUUGCUAGGCCAAUGGAUGUCAGGUUGCUAGGCCAAUAGGGUUGUUUCCCAGACACUGAUUAAACCUACCACAGGACUAAACAGCAUGUUCAAUGAGUCCAGGAUUAGGAUAAUCUGUGUCUGGGAAGCCAGUCCAUAGUGUAUUUGGGUGUCUUGAGACACACCCAAACACGUAAGUCACUACAUUUUACAUUUAAGUCAUUUAGCGGACGCUCUUAUCCAGAGCGACUUACAAAUUGGUGCAUUCAACUUAGGAUAGCCAGUGGGGCAACCACAUUUUGAUCACAGUAAGUACACUUCUUCAAACAAGCAGCUGUGAGCAAAGUCAGUGCAAUCAGGGACAACUACAUCUCGAUCACAAUAAGUACAUUUCUUUAAACAAGUCAUUGCUAGCAGGUGUUAGUUUAGACAAAAGACAGUGGUAGUAAAGGGGGGGUAGAAGGAUUACUAUUAUACUAUACUACCUACGUAGUAUAGUCAUUAGUGGUGAAUUUGGGCCGCAGGUGAUUUUAUUUGGCCCCCCAAGUUUUAUUUGGCCCCUUAGCAUUGGAAACGUGAGGAGGAAUAAUGGUCUGGGGCUGUUUUUCAUGGUUCGAGCUUGGCCCCUUAGUUCCAGUGAAGGGAAAUCUUAACACUACAGCACACAAUGACAUUCUAGAUGAUUCUGUGCUUCCAACUUUGUGGCAACAGUUUGGGAAGGCCCUUUACUGUUUCAGCAUGACAAUGCCCUUGUGCUCAAAGCGAAGUCCAUACAGAAAUGCUUUGUCGAGAUCGGUGUGGAAGAACUUGACUGGCCUGCACAGAGCCCUGACCUCAACCCCAUCAAACACCUUUGGGAUGAAUUGAAACGCAGACUGCGAGCCAGGCCUAAUCGCCCAACAUCAGUGCCCCGACCUCACUAAUGCUCUUGUGUCUGAAUGGAAGCAAGUCCCCGCAGCAAUGUUCCAACAUCUAGUGGAAAGCCUUCCCAGAAGAGUGGAGGCUGUUAUAGCAGCAAAGGGGGGGGGGACCAACUCCAUAUUAAUGCCCGUGAUUUUGGAAUGAGAUGUUUGAGGAACAGGUGUCCACAUACCUUUUGGUCAUGUAGUGUAUAUAAUAUAUUCCUAAUAUAAUCUCCCCCCCCAGGUGACACCAGUAUGGACUGUGGUCAACACUACUGGGAGGUGAAAGCUCUUAAAGACUGUAAGUCCUACAGCGUCGGGGUCUCCUACAGGAACCUGGGGAAGUUCGACCAGCUGGGAAAGACCAACACCACAUGGUGUAUCCACAUCAACAACUGGCUGCAGACCUCCUUCUCCGCCAAGCACAACAACAAGGCCAAG